AGUUACUUUACAACCUCUCGCCGCGAGAUCUACAACCUCCGACAUCUCAUACUACGCGCGAGUUCAAAACUACUCGUUAAUCGGCACAAUACUACACGUGCAAGAUGGGAUCGAACGAGAAGUCUCAACGGUCGAGACCCGCCCCUUCUGCAAGCGCGGUGGCAUUAUCCAGCACGAUUAUCGUCAAGGUCGGCGCAAAACAGAAGAAAUACACACUACACCGGAAGCUCCUAGUAUACCAUUCGGAAUACUUCCGCAGCGCUCUUUCCGGAAAGUUCAGAGAGACAGACGACGGCGUCAUUGUCCUUAACGAUAUCGACACUGAUGCGUUUGAUAUCUUUGUCGACUGGAUAUAUGAGACGAAGCUUCCGACAAGAAUCGACACCGAUGCGCCAGGAGAUGGCCGAACAUCUGUCAAAUAUCGCGCGUACGUUCUGGCGGAGAAGCUACUUGCUACCGAUUUCAAGCGCAUCCUAAUGGAUCUCAUCUUCACCGUCAUCCGAAACAAGCACGCGAAUCCAGCCUCGGCGCUUAUCAUCUACGCCUUCGAGAACCUGCCGGAGAAGGAUGCUAUGCUUCGGCUUCUUGUCGAUGCAUGGUGUGUGCACGAUUCUCUGAAUCGUAUGGGGGACGAUGACAAGGCCUUAUUGCCCCAGUUGCCACAGGUCUUCUUAUGCGGUGUGAUCAUGAAGCUCAAUCAACUCGGCAAGGCCACGGUGAAGAAUAAGAAGCUGUGGCGUAAGGACUACAUUGGAAAGGAGUUGGAAGACAGGGAGGGAUAUCUCAAGCAUGAGCCCGUUUCGUGAUUUGAGGAAGAUAAAGGUAGUAGCCACGAGUUAGGCUAGGUCAAACAAUCGCUGUCUUGAAACAGCGAACGACAAUGACUGUAAGUUUAUCACAAGACAUUAAUGAGUAAAUGUCAACUCACACUCAUCUAUAGGUGGCCUACUAUACCCUUCCAUAGG